AUGUUGGGAGGUGUGUGUGUAGACAGACAGACAGACAGACAGACGAAUAUAUAGAGAGAGAAUGCACAGCUGGAUUGUCACAAGGGCCAAUACUGUGUUAAUGCAACCGCUGUCCCUACAAGUCACAGGACCCGCCAACCGCGCCGCUGCAAGUGUGUCAAACCUGCCAUGUUCGGUAUGUUCCGUGGACUACCUGAGCACAGGAGGAGGGAUUUAACAUCUGGGGCCAAUCAUGAGUCGAGGAGAUGCAGCCAAUCACAAAGCUGGUUGCAUCGUGCUCCCGGAAGGGCUGCUGCAGACACGGGUAGGCGCAGGCCACUUUGCUCUCCAUAACAUCAUCCAGAGGAUGGCCUCUGUAGAUGAACCUUUCUCUAAAGUAGAUGACACACAUGACGAUGGAUCUGACAGUGCUCAGCUUUCAGAGAAUGAGACCAAACCUAGAGAUAGGACUUCUCUGCUGGACAGCACAGAAGAGUUUGAAAUUAUAGACAGCACUGGGGAGGAAGAUGAUGACUUGAGUGACCUUCCACUUUUGGAAACUGUUGAGGCUGUGGACGCAGCCAACAUACAGAAUGAAUCCAAUGAAGAUACAUCACAGGAAGACACAGGAAAAGAGUCCGAAGAAGAGUGGAUAGAUGUUCUAGGCAGUGGAGUCCUGAGAAAGAAAGUAUUGAUCCCAGGCAAGGGUGCUGAGAGCAGACCAAAGAAGGGGCAAGACGUGACUGUGUGUUUGAAGACUACGCUGGAGGAUGGCAGUGCUGUGGAAGAGAAUGUCCCUCUCACGUUUACUCUGGGAGACGGUGACGUAAUGCAGGCCUUUGACCUGUGUGUGCUGCUUAUGGAAACUGGAGAAACUGCCAUUAUUGCUGCAGAUGCUAAAUAUUGCUAUGGGAAAGAAGGCAGGAGUCCUGAUAUUCCACCCAAUGCCAACCUUGUUUUUGAGAUGACCCUGCUUGAGGCAAGGGAUGGUCCAGACCUGGAGCUUCUCACAGGACAGGAAAAGAUGGACUUGGCCAAUAAGAAGAGGGAACGUGGAAAUUUCUAUUACCAGCAAGCGGAUUAUGUGUAUGCUAUAAACUCCUAUGACAUAGCACUGAAGAUCGUGAAUUCCAGCUCCAAAGUUGAGUUCACCUCUGAGGAGGAGGCCGAGCUGCUGGAUGUUAAGAUAAAGUGUCUAAAUAACUUGGCUGCAUCUCAGCUCAAACUUGACCACUUUGAGGCUGCCCUGAAGUCUUGUAACAUGGUACUCGAGCAACAGCCAGAAAAUAUCAAGGCCUUGUUUAGGAAAGGAAAGGUGAUAGCCCAGCAAGGAGAGUACAGUGAAGCUAUAACCAUCCUAAGGAAGGCAUUGAAACUGGAGCCUUCCAAUAAGACAAUCCAUGCAGAGCUCUCAAAGUUGGUGAAGAAGCAUGCUGACCAGAGGAAUAUAGAAACUGCCAUGUACAAGAAAAUGCUGGGAAACGUCAGCAGCUCUACCAACAAGUCCACUCCAAAGACUUCAUGGUCCAUUUCCUGGAAGUGGCUUUUUGGAGCAACAGCCAUAGCAAUAGGAGGAGUAGCCCUUUCAGUUGUAAUAGCCGCCCGCAAUUGAGCCGCCAUGACUUCAUUAUGAGGAUGGAAGCCAUUUUGUUUCCUGAGAAGAUCUGGAAGCAUUACUAAUUCUCACGUCCUCUCCCUGAAAAAGUGCUGUCUAAGGUGCAGUGUACAAUCUAAAAGAUAUUCUUAGUAAUAUAUAACUUAAUUUAAAAAAUUUUAUUUUUAUUUUUUGGACAAAUUUACGCACUUUUUGUCUCCCUGCAAAUACUGUGGAACAAUGCAAGAGGGCUACGAAAAUGUUAGCCAAUGAAACUGCUUUUUUGGUAUUCUGUUGUAUGCACCACAAUCAUACAUUGAUCGGGGAUAUACGAUUAUCAGGUGUCUGAACAUAUAAUGGGAUUAUUGAUGUACUGUAUAUUUAGUGAAAUGUGUAUUCUAAAAUGUUCAGAUGUCUAUCUUUGGCCAAACACUGCACAAACCUAUGUGUCUAAAUGAUCUGUCUUAACCAACAAGAAGUAGUACAUUACACAACAUUAUUGCAUUUGUGUAAUGUGUUUUCUUUUUCACUCAUUGAGGCGGUGACGCAGGUUAUUUCCAAAUUAAGAUGGUCAGUUUAUGAAGAAGUGUAGGUGUUUCAGGAUAAUUGUUCUACACAUUUUGUAAUUAUCUUUAAAAGUUUUCUUCCUUUACUCCUGGAAGAGCAUGUUCCUUCAUGUAUUGUACACUAUUCAGUGUAUACUGUAAAUUGGGGAACUAGGAAGCCAAGCAGUAUACCAAGGAUUCUGAGUCUUGCAUCCCUGUGGAAGGAUCGUAGCUCAAGAAAUAGCAUCGCCAUUUAAACUUUGCAAUGGCCAUUUUUUUUUUCUUUGCUAUUUUCUACCUUUUCUUGGGUUCACGGUACAGUCUUUACACAUUUCAAUGGGACCAUGUGCAUAUGGAGUGCUCAGAAAAAUCUGUGGGACCAGCUUUUACUACGGCAGGAAAAAGUUGCCUAUUUUUUUUUUUUUUUCUGAUCUUCCAUGUUCUCUUCUCCAAAACAGUAAAUUAAUGGGCACGUUGUACAGUUAUUUGGUGAAAUAUUUUAUUCAACAUAGUUCAAGUGUUAAUGAAGCCUGCUAAGCAACAUUUUGGUUACCGCAAAGAGCUUGUGCCAUUAAAUUUCCUUAUCUUAUAUGAUAGCUUACUAUAUUUAAAUAAUUAUCUUUAUUAUCGGUAAUCCAGCAUAGGCUACCGUCAUAAAGCUCAUUUUUCAGGUUUAUUUUUGAGACCGCAUGUCAAAGGAGAAAGCACAUCACCAGCAAGGUUGUCUAGUUGUAUCAAGAAGUAAGAAUUGGCUCUAUAAGCGUGCCAGGCCGCAGAGUGUAGGUCAGUUUCUCAUAUAUUCCAUAGCAUACACAUUACCAGAGCUCCAUCAGUAUGGUGUGUUAAUGGGCACUGGAGCUGCAGAUUAUUGUUAUAUGUUGUAAUAAUGACCGUUUUAGAAAUCACAAUAUUAAUGUUGAUUUAAAAAGAAAUAUAACUUGUUUUAAUUUUAUUAGUUAAUAAAUAUGAUUAAAUUGUUUAAUUUA